GACGUUUGCGUCUUUAUUGUGCGCAUGCGCGUGUUACCCGGCAGUGAAAAUCGCUUAUUCACACAGGUGAACAACAGCAAAACAGACGCACAGAUCGUCACGACAUCAGAGAUUAGACAUGGGCAAAGGCGGCGGAACAUUUGAGAGACUGUUGGAUAAGGCAACCAGCCAGCUGCUGCUGGAGACCGACUGGGAGUCCAUUCUGCAGAUAUGUGACCUCAUUCGGCAAGGCGAUACACAGGCAAAAUACGCAAUUGGCGCCAUCAAGAAAAAACUCAAUGACAAAAAUCCACAUGUAGCGCUCUAUGCUCUUGAGGUCCUGGAGUCAGUGGUGAAGAACUGUGGCCAGACGAUUCAUGAUGAAGUGGCCUGUAAGCAGACAAUGGAAGAGCUGAAGGAGCUGUUCAAGAAACAACCUGAACCGAACGUGAAGAACAAGAUCCUUUACCUGAUCCAGGCCUGGUCCCACGCCUUUCGCAACGAGCCCAAGUACAAAGUCGUCCAGGACACCUAUCAGAUCAUGAAGGUGGAAGGUCAUGUCUUCCCAGAAUUCAAGGAGAGUGACGCCAUGUUUGCGGCGGAGAGGGCCCCUGAUUGGGUGGAUGCAGAGGAGUGUCACAGAUGUAGGGUUCAGUUUGGUGUUAUGACCCGAAAGCACCACUGCAGGGCAUGUGGGCAGAUUUUCUGUGGGAAGUGCUCUUCGAAGUACUCUACCAUUCCCAAGUUUGGCAUUGAGAAGGAGGUGCGAGUGUGUGAGCCCUGCUUUGAGCUUCUCAACAACAACCCCUCCCUCUCUCCCCCUGCUAGAAAAGCUGAAGGGAAGGCCGCCAGCGCUGGGCAGUCCGAGCUUCCCCCUGAGUACCUGACCAGCCCUCUGUCCCAGCAGUCUCAGGUAGUGCCCACCGAAGCAAUGCCACCAAAAAGAGACGAGGCCGCGCUGCAGGAGGAAGAGGAGUUGCAGUUGGCCAUCGCGCUGUCUCAGAGUGAAGCGGAGGAGAAGGAAAGGAUGAGACAGAAGAACCCUUACUCUGCCUACCCUAAAGCAGAUCCCACCCCUGUGACUUCCUCUGCCCCUCCUGUCAGCAAUCUCUACUCCUCACCUGUGAACUCAUCGGCUCCAUCAGCCGAAGACGUGGAUCCAGAGCUGGCCCGUUACCUGAACAGAACUUACUGGGAGAAGAAACAGGAAGAGGUUCGCAAGAGUCCCACCCCCUCUGCUCCGGCUCCCGUUUCACUGGCUGAGCCCGUGCCAAUCAGCCAACCAGUGGAAAGCCACACUCCAGUCCAACCCAUCAACAUAGUGGAGCAGCAGUAUCAGAAUGGAGAAUCCGAGGACAACCAUGAGCAGUUCCUGAAGGCGUUGCAGAAUGCCGUCACCACUUUCCUUAACCGCAUGAAGAGCAACCACAUGCGUGGACGCAGCAUCACCAAUGACAGCUCUGUGCUCUCCCUAUUCCAGUCCAUCAACAACAUGCACCCACAGCUGCUGGAAAUACUCAACCAGCUGGAUGAAAAGAGAAUGUACUAUGAGGGUCUUCAGGACAAACUGGCGCAGGUACGUGACGCGCGGGCGGCACUGAACGCUCUGAGAGAGGAGCACCGCGAGAAGCUGCGACGGGCUGCUGAGGAGGCAGAGAGACAGAGACAAAUCCAACUCGCCCAGAAACUGGAGAUCAUGAGGCAGAAGAAACAGGAGUAUCUGGAGAUGCAAAGGCAGCUGGCUAUUCAGCGCCUGCAGGAGCAGGAGAAGGAGAGACAGAUGCGCCUGGAGCAGCAGAAACACACUAUUCAGAUGAGAGCACAGAUGCCUGCCUUCUCUCUGCCUUACACACAGAUGCAGUCUUUGCCUCCCAAUGUGGCCGGAGGGGUGGUGUAUCCCCCCACUGGCCCUCCCAGUUAUCCAGGCACGUUCAGUCCUGCUGGUUCAGUGGAGGGUUCGCCCAUGCAUGGAGUCUACAUGAACCAGCCCGGACAGCCCACUGCUGGUGGCCCGUACCAGGCCAUGCCUGUGUCAGCUACAGAUCCCAACAUGGUGAACGCUUACAUGUAUCAGCCUGCAGGCACCAGUGGGCAGCCAGCUGCCCCUGGACAAGCCCCUCCCACAACCACCCCUGCCUACAGUAACUACCAGCCCACACCCACACAGGGAUACCAGAAUGUGGUGUCCCAAGCUCAGAGUUUGCCCCCUAUGUCGCAGGCUGCCCCCACCAAUGGUAUCGCCUACAUGGGCUACCAGCCGUACAACAUGCAGAAUAUGAUGAGCGCUCUUCCAGGACAAGACCCCAACAUGCCUCCCCAGCAGCCCUACAUGCCUGGGCAGCAGCCUAUGUACCAGCAGAUGGCUCCCCCUGGUGGUCCGCAGCAGCAAUCACAACAGCAGCCCCCGCAGGCUCCUCCGGGCAGUGCAGAGGCUCAGCUCAUUUCAUUUGACUGAUAGCUCAUCAUAUGCCUUUACCCACCAGGUCCAGCACACUACAUUCAACCCUCCCUCCCACACCCUGCCGGUUCUGGGUUCAUUACUCUCCACCUGCUCUCGCUUCACAAUGUUCCACAAGUAUUGAAGGUGUACAAAUAUAGUAAAAGCAUCUGGCUGUCUGAGUCCCCCUCCCUUCCCUGUCUCUUUAAAUGGAGGAGGAGAGGCUACAGAUGGAGCUGGUGGGGAACCUUUUGUCUCUCAACUAGAUGAAUCUCACAAAACUCAAUGUCUGGAUCAUAUUUUACCCUCAAAACAAAAGAAGCACUUUUUUAGAUCUUUUGUGACAUUAGUUAUGGCAAUUAAACUAGUCUUCUCACCCCAUUCUCAUUAUUGUCAUGCACAAAAUUGGUGUAUUAUUUCUGUGAAGUAGUUAUACAUGAUGGUAAUAUUUGUUGUAAUGCCUUUAUAAUGAUUUCAGUUUUUAAAACAACUGUAACGGAAAUGAGACUCAAUAUUGACAAUUAUGGGAAUUAAAAAAACUCAUCUUGACACAUUGAUAUGAUUUUGGGGGGAAAUGUGCUUAAUUGUCAUGAAAAUAAUGCAAAAAAAAUCUUAAUGGUAAAGCCCAUGGAAGCCUAUCUCCACCACAUAAGAUAGUCAUGCUUUGGGAAAUCAUAAUUAUGACAUGAAAAUCUGAAUUAUGAGAUACUAAGUCAUAAUUGUGAGAUUAAAAUGAACAUUUAUGACAUAAGUUGAAAUUGACACGUCAAAAUUAUGAGAUACUAAGUAUUGUAACUAUGACUUUACAUCAUAAUUUUGACUGUUUAUCUCAUAGUUAUGGGUUAGUAUCUCAUAAUUUAUCAAUAUCUCAGAAGACAAAUUUAAUUUGACUUUUUAUAUAAUUUGAAUCUCAAUAUUAUGACAGUCAUAAUUGAGUUAAAAAGUUGAAAUUGUUAAAUUUAUAAUUGACAAAAUAUAAUAAUUACUUAGUAUCUCAUAAUUUCUCAAUAUAUCUCAAAAGUUGAUGACAUUUAUAAUUGAGUUAAAAAGUUGAAAUUGUUACAAUUGACAAAUUUGACUUUUUACAUAAUUUAAACUUUUUAUCUCAUAAUUAUGACUUGGUAUCUGAAUUUCUCAAUAUCUCAUCUCAAAAUUUUUUAUUAUGACCGGAAUAAUUGAGUUAAAAAGUUGAAAUUGUUAAGUUAUAAUUAUGACAAUCUAAUUUGAUUUGUUUUUUUAUGGCAAUUUUGACUUUUUAUCAUAAUUAUGACUUGGUAUCUCAUAAUUUCUCAGUAUCUCAGAAGUUGAUAUGACAGUCAUUUAGUUUAAAAGGUUGAAAUUGUUAUAAUUGACAAAUUUAACUUGACUUUUUACAUAAUUUGAAUUUAUUAUAAUGAUUACUUAGUAUCUUGUAAUUUCUCAAUAUCUCAUUUCAAAAAUCGAUACUAUGACAUUCAUAAUUGAGUUGUUGAAAUUGUAAUAAUUGACAAAUUUGCCUUUUUACAUAAUUUAAACUUUUUAUCUCAUAAUUAUGACUUAGUAUCUCAUAAUUAUUAAUGUCAUAAUUAUGAUUUACCAAAGUGUGAAUUUUUUCUCUUGUGGCAGAAAUGAGCUUCCAUAACAUUGUGACCUGGACAUGUUUGUGAGAUUCACCCUACUGCUAACUUUCCUCUCUAGAUUUUUUCAAAUUUAGUUUUUCCUUAUAAAACCGAGCUUGUGCAAAAGUUAGUCAUUCGUACUAUAGAGAAACAAACACAAUAUGAUUUAAAAAGACAAUACUUUAUAACCAUCUUUUGUCUCAUUUUGUUAAAAUGUGUUUGCAUGAGUGAAUAUGUAACAGCCAUUUUUUUCUUCAGUUAGGAGGCUUACUGGCUUUAGCAGAGGUCACUGAGGCAUCACACACCAUUUUUCAGCACAGAUCUGCUCUAAAAAGAUCAUGUGACAUUCCAGUGCUGGUUUCCAUGUGACAAAACCAUCCUCUGCAAUUCUAGAAAUAUUUGAGAAGCUCUGCGUUUAGGAUCAGUUUUGUGGAAUCCUUGCUAAUGAUUUAUGCGGUAGAUGGUGCACACAUUGGCUUCUGUCGUGUAAUUAACAGCCAAUGAGAUGUCAACUUUACUGCCAUUUGCAUAUCACCAAUCUAUUCAAAUGGGCUGGUGUUUCCAAGUACUGCAUGUAAGUUUGCCAGACGUCAUGUGCGUUUGUCUUUGCUCUAUGUGGAUCUUCACAGAAUGCCAUAGCCAGGGGUUCAGAACCAGAUGAAUCAAUCAAUUUCAAAGCUGCAGUUUCAUCACUAAUUAAUUGCAGUGUAAAAUUGAACAUCAAAUCAAUGGCAGACAAAGGAAGUCUAUUUUUAAUGGUGGCUGUGGGUGGUUUUGAAUAGAGAUGGACAGCUUUUGAAUGACAUGAACGCUGCAUGUUUGUUACAUUCUCACAAAACCGGUGAUGUCUGUAACUCCUUUAAUAUUCAUCUUUGUUCCAUACUGAUCCGCCUCAUCUUAAAAAGAAGUAAUUUUAAAAUCAUAUUUAAUAAAUAUCUUGUUCUUUUAUUGGUCAUACAUUAGUGGAAAUGUUUCUUUUCUUGUCUCUGAAAGUAUGUGCACAAUAAAACAAUGUAAAUCUG